UAAAACAGAGUUUUACACUCAGUAGCACUGAGUGUAUUCUACACAGACAGAUCUCCAUUAAAUCAAAAAUUGUUUGUUUUCUUUCUUUAUCCGAGUUAUUUAUUUCUUGGAUUAUGUACAAAAAGAAGUGGUAAUGGGUUAAGCUCAAAAAGGAAAUCAAAGAAAAAUAAGAAUUCGAAAUUAACAAAAGAGGAAAUAUUAAAAAAGAAAAAUGUAUAAGUUACUAGGAGGUUUAGCAGGAUUUUUAAAAUAUCAACAAGUUAAAACAGAUUGUGCUCUAUUUCGUUUACACAAUCAAUUCACAUCCGUUUUAUUAUUUGGAUGUAGUUUAAUUAUCACAGCUUCUCAAUACGUAGGGCAACCAAUUCAAUGUUUAGUUGAUGGUUUACCAAAACAUGUCGUUAACACUUAUUGUUGGAUUCAAUCAACUUUUACCAUGCCGGAAGCUUUUAGAAGAGAGAUCGGGAAAGAAGUCGCUCAUCCAGGUAUUGCGAACGAUUUUGGAGCGGUUGAAGAAAGAAAAUAUUACACUUAUUAUCAAUGGGUUUGUUUCGUGCUAUUUUUCCAGGGAAUAGCGUGUUAUUUGCCCCACAUAAUUUGGAAAAUGGGUGAAGGCCAAUUAAUGAGAACUUUGGUGAUGGGAAUGAAUUUGGGGAUUUGUUACCCAGAAGAAAAACAUGCCAAGAAAAAAAUCGUUUUAGAGUACCUUAUGUCACAUAUCAAGCGUCACAAUUUGUACGUAAUUCGUUAUUGGAUUUGUGAAGCAUUAUGCUUGGUGAAUAUAAUCGUUCAAAUGUACCUGAUGAAUAAGUUUUUCGGUGGGGAAUUUUUAUCAUACGGUUGGAAAGUCAUGGAUUUCUCAGAUUCUCCGCAAGAAAACCGAGUCGAUCCCAUGGUUUACGUUUUCCCCAGAGUGACUAAAUGCCUUUUUCAUAAAUACGGAGCUACAGGAACGAUACAAACACAUGAUAGCAUGUGUAUUUUACCUUUAAAUAUUGUUAAUGAAAAAACGUACAUUUUUAUUUGGUUUUGGUAUGUUAUUUUAGCGACUGCCUUAAGUUUAUUAAUAAUUUAUCGUGUUCUAAUAAUAACUAUUCCGAAACUUCGCCCCAGAAUAAUGCAUGCUAAAAAUAAGGGAAUUCCAGUUGAAAUCUGUCAAGCUGUUAGUCGUAAAGUUGAUUUGGGCGACUGGUGGAUUUUGUUAAUGUUAGGAACUAAUAUGGAUCCAUUAAUUUAUCGAGAAAUUAUUUCGGAAUUAGCAAAAAAAAUCGAUACCGAUGCUAGCAAUAAUCAAUAAGUUGUAUAUUGAUAAAAUCGUCCUCAAAAAUUCAAAAUAUCCUUAAAAAGACUGAAUAUAUUAAUAAUAAAUAUUCAGUAUUAUUUUUUAACCAUUUCGUUAUAAACAUUCCGUAGUUAUUUUCCAAAAACGAUUACGAGACGAUUUUUAAAACUAAAAUAUUUAAAAUGAUAAAAAAUGAAAUUAUUUUAAUUGGUAAAAACAAAUAAAAGUGGGACCAAUAACUCUGUGAUCGUUUUAAACGUUUUCAAUUUAAAACCGAAACAUUUUUUUUGUGGAUUCAUCCCAAAUGACGAGAUUUUUUAAUGAUUAUUAUUGAAUAAGUAAAGAACAAAACUAUUUAGAUUAAUGAGAUUAGGUUAUAAGAUACUUUUUAAGUUAAGAAAUGGUUUGUGACGUUUUAUUUUUAUUGUAUGAAUAAAAAUAAUAUUUGAUUAUA